AUGUUCGAGAGACUUGUCAUCCAUUGCAGCAGCUACACCAACUUGAUCCCAAUUUCCUUUGUCUUGGGAUUCUACGUGUCCAUAGUGGUGGCUCGAUGGUGGCAACAAUUUAUAAACGUACCCUGGCCAGAUAGAACGCUGUUCAUGACUGUAACUUACCUUCACGGCAAUGAUGAGAGAGCUCGGAUGUUCCGGCGGACGUUAGCCCGCUACAUGAUCUUGGGCCUCAUUCUGAUUUGUCGAUCUAUUAGUGUUGCGGUGAUGAAGAGAUUCCCUACUAUGGAACACGUCAUUGAUGCUGGCAGUGGUGUCCUUGCAAGUCCUGUGGAUUUUCCUUCAGGUUUCAUGACAAAGGAGGAAGUGGAAUUAUGGGAAGGUGUGCGAUGUAAGUACCAUAAAUUCUGGGUGCCGCUUACCUGGGCCAAUAAUAUGUUGGUCACUGCCAGAAGAGAGGGACGCAUUGAGUCUGACUGGGGCAUGCGCAUGAUAAUACAGCAAUUGGCUGAUUUCCGAGACAAAUGCUCACUGCUUUUUGUGUAUGACUGGAUCACAAUUCCAUUGGUUUACACACAGGUCGUAACCCUAGCUGUGUACACGUUCUUUGCUGCCUGUCUUGUCGCCCGCCAAUAUCUGGAUCCAAAUCGGGGUUACGAAGGGUUUGGAUAUGAUUUGUAUGUUCCUGUCUUUACUUUGCUGCAAUUCUUUUUCUACAUGGGUUGGCUUAAGGUUGCUGAACAACUUAUAAACCCGUUCGGGGAGGAUGACGACGAUUACGACAUCAAUUGGUUGUUAGACAGACACACAGCGGUUUCAAUGGCUCUGAUCGACCAGUGUUACGGUAAGCAUCCGCCAUUGAUUCGGGAUAUGUACUGGAAUGAAAAUGUCGAAGAGCUGCCUUACACUGAGGCGUCGUAUGCUUCCAAACGCCCCAAUUUCCUCGGAUCUACUUACAAUAUCGCAAAACCUAGUAUUGAAGAGCAGCGGAUUGUCAAUGACCUGGGGGAAGCCCCCACUCGUCGCAGUUCGGUUUCAAGCACUGUUGCCGGAUCUCUUCUUAGUCUUUUUUCACGCAGGCAUUCAAUGACAAAACUUCAUCAACAACCAGAAUGUCUCAUCUUUCCAAAACGUGAGGAUCGAGCCAUGAGCGUUCCGAAUGGCGGGCCUCAACUUCUCGGUAUUCCAGGUCUUCCAGGCAUGAAUCCUCCAGAUCUCCGCUCAACCAGGCUAGAUACGCCCAACAUAGUAACAAAUUGGUCCUCUGACUCUGAUCUGGCCACAAGGACUACGGAGGACACUAUAGAACGAAGACGUCGUGCCCAUACUGACAUCGAAGGCCGUGGAGAUUUGGGCAGAGAAAAAGUCCGACCUCAUCGGAAAUUUAGCUUUCCCAGUGCCCUGGGGCGCAAGCGAGAUGCCCGGAGUUCGUUGUCAGGAACAGAGACACCUCCUCCUGUUACUUCUCAGCAAUUAAACGCGGAACCAAAACAAACCAGGUUUAUGAUAGAACCAGUCAGCGGCGAAAGCGGAGAAGGGAUGUCGAUGGCGCGGCGCAAUUCCAAGAAAAUGGAGAAUAUGUUUUCGUCCAUCGACAAAAUGCAGUACACAAAAAACGUGUCCCGACCGCCUUUGCUGUCGGCGAUCGAAGAGCAGAAUACGGUGACAAGCCUGAGCCAACUGAUGCAACAACAGCAACAGGAAGCUGAGAUGCAAAAUGCAAUGGACAUGGACGAUCAAGAUGGUACAUUGCCAUCGCUGGCGGAACCGGAAAUCUUUGACGAAGAGGCGCUGGCUUUAUUUACAUUUUAUAAAGAUCUAUCUAUCUAUCUAUCUAUCUAUCUAUCUAUCUAUCUAUCUAUCUAUCUAUCGAUCGAUCGAUCGAUCGGUCGGUCGAUCUAUCUAUCUAUCUAUCUAUCUAUCUAUCUAUCUAUCUAUCAAGGAAAACAUCCGUCCCAGAGGUACCAAGGGACGGCACGCGACCAGAAAUUUAAUGGUAGGCCUCAGUGUAUAGCCUUUCCCUCUGUUCUGGUGCAUGAAUCCGCCCAGCCACAAGCAACUCCUCACCGGAUGACUGGGUGGCUGUCCGAUUCAGACUUAAGCAUACAGCGUCCAGCUGCAAUAGAGGCAGCCCGACUGCGUCGACAACACCGACGUAUAAAACGUCCUAGAUACCAACAACCUUCGGAUGACUAUCACGACAAAGCGAGCAGUUCAGGUUCCGAGGGAUACACCGAGGAAGUGGAAGAAAAAGAUACAGUAGAGAGGAAAAAAUUUAGCAACGAACUAAUUGAUAUGAACUCUAACAAAGGAGACAAUCAUCGGGUCUGUGAUUACGGGGACGGCGAUGACCCCGAGGAACAGAUAGUAGCCAAAGUUGCGGCGGUUUCGAAUCUACGUCGGCAGGGUCGAGCCAAUAGCUCCUCAACGAUGGAACCCGGGGAUAAUCGAAUAAAUAACUAUUCUUGGCGGAGACAGAAGGAAACGGCUUUUACAGAGACGGAGCCCGUUACAAUUCUACCCCAGACCAAUGUACAACUGUCGACCCCGAGAGAAGCAAACACCACGGUCAAGAAAAUGGAAAAUUAUAGCCGCUACCAAGACAAUCCGCUUCCUUUACGGGUGGUACCACCACAACCAAAUCAGGUAGUUCAACAAUCACCACCACCAGCACCACCACCUACACCACCUCCACCGCCACCACCACCACCGCCACUUCCACCGCAACAGCAGCAGCAACAGCAGCAGCAGCAACAACAGAGGCAGCAACAAAAACUGAGAAAGCAGGGACAACCAAAACAGCAGCCCUUGCCUCAGGCACAACCGACCCCUAUAACGUCCCCCUUAACAUCAAAGCAGCCGUCCCAAGUCCAGAAGAACCUGCCGGCGUCAACGCAAAACCAGCCAACUCUGGUGCAGAAACAACCGCCAACACCAACACAAAAGCAACCACCUCAGGCCACACAGAAACAGACUCUUCAGGCAACACUGAAGCAACCGACACCAACAACACAAAAGCAACCUCCUCAGGCCAUGCAGAAGCAACAGCUUCAGACCACGCAAAAACAACAGCUUCAGACCACUCAGCAGCAACUGACUCAAGCAACACAGAAACAGCCUCCACAGCCAAAGCAAACAUCGCAACCCCCACAGCAACAAAUACCACCUCUGAAACCAUCGUCUGCCACCCCGAUGGAUCAGGCCAUCCUCCGACGACCAAAGCAAUAUCAACCGACCGUCCAUUUUCAACCCGAGGUCGUACGCAGGGAUAAUCGAUCCCAGUCGGCCAGCAUACUGAACCGCUCUCCUAGUAAAACUCCCCCAUUGCCACCUCAUGCAACGGCGGUGACGCCAACCGUGACCAAAGCCAAUGUUAAUGUACCCCUUAACAACAAGAUUACUAUCUAUCUAUCUAUCUAUCUAUCUAUCUAUCUAUCUAUCUAUCUAUCUCAGUCUGUUCGUAUCUAUCUAUCUAUCUAUCUAUCUAUCUAUCUAUCUAUCUAUCUAUCUAUCUAUCUAUCUCAGUCUGUUCGUAUCUAUCUAUCUAUCUAUCUAUCUAUCUAUCUAUCUAUCUCAGUCUGUUCGUAUCUAUCUAUCUAUCUAUCUAUCUCAGUCUGUUCGUAUCUAUCUAUCUAUCUAUCUAUCUAUCUAUCUCUAUCUAUCUAUCUAUCUCAGUCUGUUCGUAUCUAUCUAUCUAUCUAUCUAUCUAUCUAUCUAUCUAUCUAUCUAUCUACCCGUCUGCUUUUUCGUAUCUAUCUAUCUAUCUAUCUAUCUAUCUAUCUAUCUAUCUAUCUAUCUAUCUAUCUAUCUAUCUAUCUAUCUAUCUAUCUAUCUAUCUAUCUAUCUAUCUAUCUAUCUAUCUAUCUAUCUAUCUCUAUCUGUUCGUAUCUAUCUAUCUCUAUCUAUCUAUCUAAGUCUAUCUAUCUAAGUCUUUUUCAUAUUGUAAAUAUCUAUCUAUCUAUCUAUCUAUCUAUCUAUCUAUCUAUCUAUCUAUCUAUCUAUCUUCAGCUCUCUCUCUCUCUUUCUUCAUCUCUCUCUCUAUCUAUCUAUCUUCAUCUCUCUCUCUCUCUAUCUAUCUUUCUAUCUAUCUAUCUCUAUCUAUCUAUCUAUCUAUCUAUCUAUCUAUCUAUCUAUCUUCAUCUCUCUCUAUCUUCAGCUCUCUCUAUCUUUCUUCAUCUCUCUCUCUCUUUCUCUCUAUCUAUCUUCAUCUCUCUCUCUCUAUCUAGAUUCUAUCUUCAGCUCUCUCAAACUAUCUAUCUAUCUAUCUAUCUAUCUUCAGCUCUCUCUCUCUCUCUCUAUCUUUCUUCAUCUCUCUCUCUAUCUAUCUAUCUUCAUCUAUCUCUCUAUCUAUCUAUCUAUCUAUCUAUCUUCAGCUCUCUCUCUCUCUAUCGUUCUUCAUCUCUCUCUCUCUCUCUCUAUCUAUCUAUCUAUCUAUCUUCAUCUCUCUCUAUCUUCAGCUCUCUCUAUCUUUCUUCAUCUCUCUCUCUCUCUAUCUAUCUUCAUCUCUCUCUCUCUCUAUCUAGAUUCUAUCUUCAGCUCUCUCAAACUAUCUAUCUAUCUAUCUAUCUAUCUAUCUAUCUAUCUAUCUAUCUUCAGCUCUCUCUCUCUCUCUUUCUUCAUCUCUCUCUCUACCUAUCUAUCUUCAUCUAUCUAUCUAUCUAUCUAUCUAUCUAUCUAUCUAUCUAUCUUCAGCUCUCUCUCUCUAUCUUUCUUCAUCUCUCUCUCUCUCUCUCUCUAUCUAUCUAUCUCUCUAUCUAUCUAUCUAUCUAUCUAUCUAUCUAUCUAUCUAUCUAUUUAAUUUUGUUCAUAUCUAUUUUUCAAAUUUAUUACCCACCAAAUAUCUAUCUAUCUAUCUAUCUAUCUAUCUAUCUUUUAGUGUACUCAUUAUCUAUCUAUCUAUCUUUUAGUGUACUCAUUAUUCAUCUAUAUAUCUCAGUGUACUUAUUAGCUAUCUAUCUAUCUAUCUAUCUAUCUAUCUAUCUAUCUAUAUUUUUAUCUAUAUUAUUAUCUAUCUAUCUAUCUAUCUAUCUAUCUAUCUAUCUAUCUAUCUAUCUAUCUAUUUUAGUUGUAAUUAUUAUCUAUCUAUCUAUCUAUCUAUCUAUCUAUCUAUCUAUCUAUCUAUCUAUCUAUCUUUUAGUGUACUCAUUAUCUAUCUAUAUAACUAUAUCUCAGUGUAAUUAUCUAUCUAUCUAUCUAUCUAUCUAUCUAUCUAUCUAUCUAUCUAUCUGCAUAUGA